AUGGGAUUGUUUCAAGUUGAAGGCUGGAACUUAGACUCCAAAAAGGUGCUAUUCGAUGAUGCUGGUAAGAGGACGAAAUCUAAAAAGACUAAAGAACACAAAAGUAAAUCAAGGAAGGCAGAUAUCAAUGUAGAACAACUAUCCAGUAAACCUGCGGAAAGCGCUCAAAGAGAAGUCCAAGUAGAUAGAAAAAGGAAACAUAAGGAUGAUGAGGGUAGACCGGUCAAACGGACAUCUAAUCAAGAAAAUGCUGGGCCUCCUAAAAAGAAGGCAUUAACUGCCUUGCAACAAAAAAUGUUAGCGAAAUUGACAGGUUCUCGGUUCAGAUGGAUUAAUGAGCAACUUUAUACUAUAUCUUCGGAUGACGCGGUAAAGCUUAUUCAAGAACAGCCCCAGUUGUUUGAUGAAUAUCACGAUGGGUUUAGGUCUCAGGUUCAAACUUGGCCUGAAAAUCCGGUGAAUGUAUUUAUGCAACAAAUCAGUCAAAGAGCAAUCAAGCCUGUAAAUGCCCCUGGUGGUCUUCCAGGAUUAAAAGACAAGAAGGUGGUUAUUGCGGAUAUGGGUUGUGGCGAGGCUCAAUUGUCAUUAGAGGUUAGCAGAUUUUUUCAACAAGGUAAAAAGACUUUUAGAAAAAUUGCUGUCCAAGUGCAUAGUUUUGAUUUAAAGAAAGUGAAUAACAGAAUAACAGUGGCUGAUAUUCGAAACGUACCAUUACCAGAUAAUUCCUGUAGUAUUGUGAUAUUCUGCUUGUCAUUAAUGGGUACAAAUUUCUUAGACUUUAUUAAGGAGGCAUACAGACUAUUGACUCCUCGUGGUGAAUUGUGGAUAGCGGAAAUCAAAUCUAGAUUCUCUGAUAAUACAGGAGAUGAAUUCGUUAAUGCUCUAAAGUUAAAUGGGUUUUUCCACAAGAAGACGGACGCGGAAAACAAAAUGUUUACUAGAUUUGAAUUUUUCAAGCCUCCUAAAGAAAUUAUUGAAGAAAGGAAAGCAAAGUUAGAAAGAAAGCAGAAAUUCGUCGAAGUAGAAACUGAGAAAGAAGAACUAAACAACAAAAGGGCUAAAUUACCAGAAGGUAAGUGGCUAUUAAAACCUUGCCUCUAUAAACGGAGAUAG